GCGCGUUCGUUGGCUAUCAAGGCGGACAAAGGGGACGCAAAUUGCAUUGCCCCUUCCAGCUUGGCUCGGCUUAGCCUCGACCCUGGAACUCAGCCCCUCGUCUGGACGAUUUUGUUUUUUUCCCUCCUUCGUCCUUUCCCUCCCCGUCCGACUAUCUAUUGUCAAUCUGGCUGCUUCAGUCCAGCGCCUAGUGUCCGUCCCUCUUUUGCCGUCUUGGCCGAUUUUACUCCAGCAGCGGUCAACGAACGAAGCCAACAACCAUCCCGAGCCACUCGAGACGUUCCGGACGCCAGCCCUGGGACUGGGAGAAAGGGGCGGCAAGCCAGUGGGAGGAUCUGGGUUGGCUGGGCCGGGAUCGACGGGCGAUCAGGCGGACAGACGGCGGCCCUAGUCAACGGCGACAACGGCGACAAUGGCGCACAACGGGCCAGGAAGCGCGGCGCCGGCGCAGCCCACGGUCAAGGCGGCGGUGGCGGCGCCCAAGCUGAACAACGAGAUGGAGAUGGGCACGAUGGCAAGCGACAAGCCGGCCGAGAACGACAUCAUGCAGGUGGCGCGCGUGGGCGACAUGGUGGCCAUGGAGAAGCUAUUCGAGACGGGCGACUACGACGCUACCUACUGCGACGACGAGGGCAUCACACCGCUGCACUGGGCCGCCAUCAACAACCAGUACGCCAUGUGCAAGUUCCUCAUCGACAAGGGCGCGCCCAUCAACAAGAAGGGCGGCGACUCGGUGGCCACGCCGCUGCAGUGGGCAGCCCAGCGUUGCCACUACUAUACCGUCCACCUGCUGCUGCAGCACGGCGCAGACCCGCUCGCUACCGACGCGCAGGGCUACAACACGCUGCAUAUCAGCACCUUCAACGGCAACGUGCUGCUGCUCGUGCUGCUGCUGCACUCGGGCAUCCCCGUCGACGUGGCCGACGCCUUUGGCCACACGGGCCUCAUGUGGUCCGCCUACAAGGGCUUCCCUGCCUGCGUCGACCUGUUCCUGCGCUGGGGCGCCUCGGUCCACGCCGUCGACGAGCAGGGCUUCACCGCCCUGCACUGGGCCCUGGUCAAGGGCUCGCCCGGCUGCGUCCAGAAGGUGGUCGAGUACGGCGCCGACCGCUUCGCAAAGACUAACACGGGCAAGACCCCCGCCAUCACCGCCCAGGAACUCAACACCACGGCCGCCUGGAACCGCGCCCUGCGCGAGUGCGGCUACGACAAUGACGGCAACGCCGUCCAGCCCACCUGGCCCGGCGCCUCGUACCUGCUCAAGGACCGCCGCGGUUUCGUCAACAAGUUCCUGUUCCUGUGGCCCUUUGUGCUCGUCUGGGGCCUCCUUCACAUUCUCGCCGCGUUCCCUGUAUAUCUGGGGAUUCCCUUGAUGAUGCUCGUUGGUUACAGCGUGCAGUGGAUCGCCCAGAAUGUGUUGCAGUAUGCGCCCUCGGACAUGCGGUCGCUGCAAAAAACGCCCUGGCUGACCGGCAUCUUUGCCGCCUCGGUAUUUUGGCUCGGGGUGAACUGGCUCUUUACGGUAAUGCCGGCCACCACGCUCUACGCCGAGGCCGACGCGACCCACUACCUCCUGAACCUGACCUUUGGCGUCUUCCUGGGGCUUAUUGCAUACUUUUAUGGGGCUUGUAUGCUAUUUGACCCGGGCUUUGUGCCCAAGAUGAGCGGCAGAGCUGAGCAGAAGGCCGUGAUCGACGAGCUCAUUAGCCUGUGGAAGUUUGACGAGGCCAACUUCUGCGUCCCUUGCAUGAUCCGCACGCCCCUGCGGAGCAAGCACUGCAAGAGGUGCAACCGUUGCGUAGCAAAGCAUGAUCACCACUGCCCAUGGGUUAAUAACUGCGUGGGCAGCAACAAUCAUCGCCAGUUCUUCCUGUACAUUAUCACCCUGACAAUCGGGAUUAUGGCCUAUGAUGGGAUUCUAUACUACUACCUUUCGACCAUCUCCAAGAAUGCCUCGGACGAGUGCAACGUCCUGGCCCCUUCCAUCUGCAAGCUCAUCAACGCCGACGGCUACUCGCUCCUGACGGGCGUGUGGGCGUCGCUGCAGCUUGUGUGGGUCUCGAUGCUCAUGUUUGUGCAGUUCAUCCAAGUUAUGCGCGCCAUGACAACGUACGAGAACAUGUUUGGCAUCGACAGCCGCGUCGGCGCCGCCGCUCUCAACUCGGCCUUUACCUCCACCGGCACCCCGCUGAAUCCAGACCCUGCAGGUGGCCCUGCCGGUGCGCUUCCGCCCAGCGGCUCCAUGGGCCAGCCCGAGGAGGCCGCCUCGGGGGGACACAGUCACGGCCACGGCCACGGACAUGGACACGGCCAUGGCCACAAGCACGGCGGCGGCUUCCUCAAGCAGUGGGCGCGGCUCCUGGGCGUCGACGCUUUCGUCGAGACGGCAACGGGCCGCGGCGCCGCGGCGGGCGGCAACAACGGGCGCAAGCGCAAGCGGAACCCGUACUCGCACGGCUGCAUCGCCAACUGCCGCGACUUCUGGUGCGACCCGGCCCCCGUGUUCGGCCGCCGCGAGACGGGCGCGGGCAUGCUGGGCGGCCAGACCAUCAACUGGACCGAGGUCUACGAGAGCCCCGCCGGCAUGGGCAUUGGUGGCGCUAGGAGGAGCGGCGCAGCGCGCAGGGGAGGGUACGAGGCCGUGGCGGAGGACGAUGCUGUAUGAAAGGGGCAAGUCGGAGUGGCUUGUGGCCUUUUGUUGUUGAUGCAUUGUCGCGGCGCACAUGCCGCGCGUUUUUAUGUUCCGACUUUGUGACGCCGUUAUGAUCUUGAGGGGACCCUGCUUUGGUGGCGGGAGGGGUUUCGGCCAAUUUCUUCCUUUUUUUUUAUAUUCAACUCAGCAUAGAGACGAGUCAUGUCGGAGUUAGCCGGGUGGCCCUGCUGGAGACGAGGCUGGCGCAGUUUUAUCUUGGCUGGGGGUUAUUCUUCCGCAUUUAUCAUUCUAAUCAUGAUCAUUUCUCGCCUGUUGUAAGGUGAAGGCUCCCAUCUCUAUGCCUGCCGUGGCCCACCUUUCCACCUCCCAACUACUCGACCAGACGGUAUCGUUUGGCCGAAGAACACCGCCUCAGAUGGGUCUGGCAGAGCCGAACAAUACAUGCCGCCGCCCACUUCACCUCCGACAAGACCCCCUCCGCCUCGGUCAGAUCGCGCAGGCACAGUCCCGCCGGCGCCGCGUUGCUGUUGUG